UUUCGGAAGUAAUCUGAAAAUCAAAGUUAUCUCGACGCUAUUAUAUCCGAAAACAAAUGUGACAGCGGCUUGUCCAACAUUGUUGACGUCACACCGUGACACGUCUCGACGAGCCGUGUUCAAAGUUGCUGGUUUUAAUGCACUAACUGAUUGUUUAGCCAGCGUGAGCGAAGUUGCGUUAGCUCUGCCGUCGGUGUCACGAGAGCGCGCGGGCUCGGCUGGCUGGAGCUGUUCUGACAGCUCUCUAACGUAGCUUUACAGCUUCGGAACACACUAACGGGUUGAACCCGACAGACGACAUACUCCCACGGGGUUCGACAACGGGCGUCGCACCUACCUGGACGAAGCACCGCUAACUGUUCCCUCUGCUGGCUCGGGUACUGACAGCGACGUUUGGAGGGCGAAGUAAACAUGAAGUUGGUCGCCAAGUGAACCGGUGAACGCCUGCACCGACGCAGGCUUCAGCUAUGUGGCAGAGGGGAGGAGUGGGGUGUCGGUGGUGGUGGUGAAGUACAACAGCAUGAUUGUUCCCUUCUUCCUCGGCUUCUCCUUCAGUCGUGGAGGGGAGUUGAGAGCCAGGACGGUGCACACAUUUCGCAGUGCCUGCAGUUCAAUCCAAGAAAGGAGGACGUAGGAGGAGUUUGGAAAGUAAACAUCACUCAUGCUCACAAGAUCUCUUUCUCUUCAUCAAUCUUCACACCCUGGUGGAGACGGAAGUAGUGGUUUGGAUGCAGGUCAUGUGUUGGCUGCUAUGCCUUGGCACGGCGGGGGCACUUGUCGUGCUGCAGAAGGACCAGAAGGACCAGGUGGCCCAGCGCGCCAUCAAGCUUUAUCCGAGCAAAGGGGCCACACAUGGCCACAGCUGGGUGACCAGCAACUGCAAGCGGCUGGUGGGACUCCUGCGUCAGAAUAAUGUGGUUGUCAGGAAGCUGGCAGCCGCUGCUGAUGCUGUCAGACAAGACCAGACCCUUUCAGAACCAGAAAGACUCUUCCAGGUUCACACGCUGGAGAUUUUCCAGAAGGAGAUGAAUGAGAGCGAGCACCUGGUGUUUCAGGCGGUGCACGGCCUGCAGAGGGCGCUGCAGGGAGACUACAGGGAUGUGGUUAACAUGAAGGAGAGCAGCAGGCAGAGGCUGGAGGCCCUCAGGGAGGCAGCCAUAAAGGAGGAGCAGGAGUACGUGGAGCUGGUGGCUGCUGAGAAGCACCAGCAGGAAGCUGUUAAGAGCGCUUUAGCCCAGAAUAAGACUCUGUCCAUGCUGGAUGAGAUCCUGGAGGGCGUCAGGAAGGCAGCAGACCGGCUGGAGGAGGAGAUCGAGGAGCACGCCUUCGACAACAACAAACAGAUGAAAGGAGUAAACGUAGAAGCAGUGUUGAGAGUGGAGGAUGACGAGGAGAAUGGAGGGAAGAGGAAGAACAAGUCCAAGCAGAAGGAUGUGGAGGAUGACCUAGGUCUGAGCAUGCUCAUCGACUCGCAGAACAACCAGUAUGUCCUGACCAAACCCAGAGACUCCACGAUGCCAAGAGCAGACCAUCACUUCAUCAAAGACUUGGUGUCGGUGGUGAUGCUGUCGCUGCCCUGUGGUUGGAUUUGCUCUCUGGUCGGACUUCCUCCCAUGUUUGGAUAUAUCAUCUGCGGGGUCCUGCUAGGUCCAUCUGGCCUCAACAGCAUCAAGUCUAUGGUCCAGGUGGAAACUCUGGGGGAGUUGGGUGUGUUCUUCACUCUCUUUCUGGUGGGAUUGGAGUUCUCACCUGAGCGACUCCGAAAGGUAUGGAAGACAUCAGUCCAGGGGUCGUGCUACCUGAGUUUGCUGAUGGUUGGGGCCGGUUUGUUGUGGGGACAUGUCCUGCAUAUUCGACCCACCCAGACUGUCUUCAUAUCCACUUGCCUCUCUCUGUCCAGCACUCCGCUAGUUUCUCGCUUCCUGGCGGGGGGAAGCAGAGGGGACAAAGAAGGUGAUUUGGACUACAGCAGCGUUCUCCUCGGGAUGUUGGUGAUGCAAGAUGUUCAGCUCGGUCUCUUCAUCGCUGUCAUGCCGACUAUGAUCCAGACACAGAAGGGAGACUUGGACAGCUUCCUGUUUGGAAGUCUCCACGUGCUUUACCUCCUGGCCCAGGUCCUGGUCUCUCUGGCUGCUGUACUGCUGCUGUGUUUGUUACUCAAAUCAUUCCUGAUUGGCCCGUAUUACAAGAAGCUGCAUGCUGAGAGCAAAGGCAACAAAGAGAUCCUGGUGCUUGGGAUGGCAGCGUUUGUCUUUUUCAUGCUGACGGUGACAGAGUUUUUGGAUAUUUCCAUGGAGCUGGGCUGUUUCCUGGCUGGAGCUCUGCUGUCCACACAGGGUCACAUGGUUACCACGGAGGUCAUGGGAUGCAUCGAGCCGAUCAGAGAUUUCCUCGCCAUCAUCUUCUUCGCCUCUAUCGGUCUCCACGUGUUCCCGACAUUCGUGCUGUAUGAACUCACCAUCCUGCUGGUGCUGACGCUCACACUCGUCAUUAUGAAGUUCGUGAUGGCCGUAGUGGUGCUGUCGGCCAUCUUGCCUGCAGGCUCUCGACACAUACGUUGGAUUGUCUCAGCCGGUCUGGCUCAGGUCAGCGAAUUCUCCUUCGUCUUGGGCAGCCGUGCGCGUCGUACUGGCAUCAUCUCCAGAGAGGUGUACCUGCUGGUUCUCAGUGUCACCACCCUCAGCUUGCUGCUGGCACCAGUGCUGUGGAGAGUCACCACACACAAGUGGGUUCCCCGGGCCGAACGCAAAACAAUCACAUGACCGGCUUCAGGGACAAAAGGUUCCUCGGGAACUCUUUCAAAACCGGCAGCGAGACGAAAGAGUAAAGUCUUAAUUCUCCACACGGUUUCUCCACGUCAAGAGCAUCAAACCGUGACGAUCCAAGAACUGAUACUCUAUACUGUUGAAGGUCUUAUUUAAUAACCCAUGCCAAAAUAAUGUUGCAACAUGGCUAAAACCCUCUCCGUAAAGGCUCAACAUUAUCUGACUUUAAAGAAUCACUCCAUAGUUCACUGGAAUAGCACAAUGAUAUCCUUCCAGUGCUGAUGUGUUUAAUGCAUUAUGAAGAAAUACUUCCUCUCUACUGUCUGUAUGAAUGAAAGUCAAUGGAAUUCCUCUUUACUUUUUUUUUUCAUUCCUAGCGACCAAAUCUGAAGCUUUAACUUCUUUUUUUAAUAGAGGAAACUUUGUAUUGCCUCCAUUUCCCCUAAAAAUCCUUACUGAAGUGCAAACUUUCUAUCUGCUGUAUUUAAUCAAUGGUACUUUAGUUUAUUGAAAAUAUUGUAUGACUGUGAAUUAAGCUGUGAGGACAGUCUUUAAUGUUACAUGAAAUAUUCAUUUUACAAAGACUAUACCUGUCUUAGCUAUUAUGUUUGGCUCUCCAUUCUUGUCAAAUCUAAUAAUAUAUUUAAACUCUGGUAUAAUAUCGUAAACAGUAAAUAAUGGAGAUAAUGAAAUAUUAGAGAGCAGCUCACAAGAAGAGAGAAUGCUCAUCACAAUGAAUUUAAAAAGUAAAAUCCUGCACUAGUUAUUGAAUGUCAAACUGUGUCACCUCUGAUGUCUGCUUAAAUGUCUUAGCGUUCAGAAUGUAGAAACGGCCAUGGCACAAAGAAAGGCCGUUUUCAUUUAUUUAUUAAAAAUAAGAUGACAAAGAAGAAUUGUCUUGGUUGUACUCCUUGUUUACUCUGU